AUGGGAAUGUUCAGUAAAGUAAAAGCAAUCAAGGAAAGAAAGGCCAAUAUUUGGUCUCAUGGUCCUCCUGUACCUUCAUCCAAUUGUUCUCCAAUGCAAGGUCAGGGAGAAGCAUGUGAAUCCAAAAAGCAGAAACAUACAUGUAAAGAAUCUACAAUUGUACUUCCACCUCCAGUUCUAUCUCCACAGCAACAAGUUUGGAGUGGCAGUGUUGCUGCAGGAGGAGUUCCAACCACUUUGAAUCCAACUGUCAGUUUACCUUUGGACAAGUAUUUGGAAAUUCUGCAACAAUUUCAACAACAACAAAAGUUUUUGGAAGAACACUUUGAUGAUUCUGUCAUAUCAGCUGAUGAUCAACCCUAUAUUGUGAGAUCUAUGGACAUUAAAGGUAGUGAGAAUCAUGUUCAAAAGGCAGACGAUUCAGUUCCUCUGAAGGAUUUAAUUGGAAAGGACGAACCAGUGGUUCACAGUUGUAAAUUUGAGGUGACCUACAUGGUUGACAUUUUGGAGAAUGUGUCCAAGAAGCAAAAAGCUAUUUUGCAAAAGAACAACCUCUUGUUGAGCAAAAAGUUGUGGACUCAAUGUGUUCUCUUAUCCAACGUUCAACGUAGAAUUGCUUUGAGAAACUGUGUGGUGAAAUACUUGGGAAAUGAGAGUAACGAAACUGACAAGGUAAAUUGUCACGUUUCAAUUGACGGCAAUGAUAUCAUUCUCCUCACUGAUACUGCAGGUCUCUAUGAAGUCAAAUUGAACGUUGAUGUCAAUUAUUCAAAUAUUGAAAGUCUUAAGAACGAGACUUCUCCAAGACAAAUCUCCCUUAGUCUUCCAAACGCGGUCACUAGCAAUUUUGAAUUUUUGAUCAUGACUGAGAAGUGUCAAGUGAAAAUUACCCCAGCACUCUUUUUUGAGCAGUCAAACAUUUCACUCAAUGAUAAGACCAUCACAAGAAUAUUCACACAACUACCCUCGUUGAGUUCUUUGAAUAUUGAAUGGACUCCUGAGGUCACCAACAAAAUUGACAAGAUACUCCAAGAAUCAGUUACCGAAGAGAAGGAAUCCGAUGAAGUUGUUAAAGUGGCUUUACCUGUAUCCAUCAGCUCAACUCAAAACUCGAGCUGUCUCAUCGGAGAAGGUGUCAUUAACACCAAGAGUAGAUUUGAGUACUCGAUCGUCAAUGGAAGUAUCACAUCUUUAGAAAUUGCAAUCAAUCCUUUUGGCCUCCCUUUCAGAAUUAUUUCUGUCACUGGCUCUUCCAUUAAGGAAUGGCACCUUGUGAGCGAGGAAAAUAGUGGAGAAGGCUUGAAAGAUGAACAACUCGAAGAUGCUCAAACCUUUGUCAAUGCAAGAAAGAAGCUUGUGGUUACCUUCUCAAGAGAGAUUGAGAGCUCAUACACUUUGGAAGUUACUCAUGAGGCAGAUAUGGGUGGAACGUCUGCAUUGGUAAAGACACCAUCUCUCUCCACAUUGAAUACUGUUAGAGAGACUGGUACACUUGCCAUUAUUGCCAAGACUGUGAUUGAAAUUGUUGAAAAGUCCAGAAAAUACUUGAGAAAGAUUGAUGUCUCCGAAUUGCCACAUGUCCACAAGCAAUCAGGCUUUCCAAUCUUGAUGGGUUACAGAUUCCUCGAGAAUCAACACGAAUUGCAAUUGGAUGUAAUUCGUCACGCAGACGUUGCCGUUCUCUCAACAAGCGUUGAUAAUUGCAAGUAUAGCAUCACCUUAUCCAGUGACAAGUUACUUCACAAAAUGUCUAUGAGUGUCUACAAUACCACCAAACAAUAUCUCAGAGUGUCAUUACCAAAGCAAUUGGCUGGUGCAGAAGUGUGGUCCACUACAGUUGACGGCUCAACUGUUAAACCUGGUCAAGAAGUUCGUGGAGAUGUCAAAACCAUUCUAAUUCCUCUCAACAAGAAGCAAGCAACCACAGCCAUGAACAUUGAUUUUACCUUCACUGUUCCAUCCAAAGUAAUGAGUUCUUCUGGUACAAUUGAUGUCACCCUUGCCAAAAUUGACUGUCCAAUCAGCAAAUUGAACUUGGCAGUGUUCUUACCAAAAGGAUACAAGUAUGGAGAAUUUGAAGGAAAUAUCCAGGAAAUUAAGAAUUCAUUCCUUACGAACACCAUCUCUGACUCUGUGGUUGGUCUCAAGAGAUUUGCAAAGAAAAAGCAAUUCUCAAAUCAAAAAAUCGCUCAAGUCAGUGAGGCCUUUGAAAAUGAAAUUCAACAAGAGUUCUAUGACAGUGGUGUGAAUCCAGUCAACCUUUCCUCCUUAGACACCACAAGUGGUCAAAUCAAAUUCUCUUUCCAAAGAAUUCUCUUAUUGGAAAACGAAGCCAUUGCCACUUCUGUCAAGUACAAGGAAAUCACCAAAUAUUGGUUCCAAAGAAGAAACCUUACUGGAUUCCGACCAACGACCAUUAUUUUCUUCUCAUUGAUCAUUCUCUUCAUUGCCAUUGUAGUUUAUUACAAGUUGAUGCGUACCAUUGUGGUUGAAGCAAGUGAUUCCUCCUCACAAAACUAA